GUUGAUAGACUUAUUUAUUUUUGCUAAUAUAUAUUGAGAAGGUUUGAAGCUAAAAGCCUAAAGUAGGAAACGUCAUGAAUGAAAGCUAACAUACAUAUUUUUUGGUUCAUCGGCUGUGGUGUUUAGUACGGUGUUACGAGAUGACAGUGAAGGACUGCAACGUAAGCAGUACAAUGUCGUGCGAUAAAACCUGCCUGCCGCCUAAAGAAGACAGAAAAUGGUGGUACUUCGUUAUUACCAGCUUUUCCCUUUUUCUAGGAGGACUUAUUGUUAUUUAUUUGACAAGAGUUAUUAUACGUCUAUGCAAUUCAAAAAAGAGAAAACUUAAUCCAUCAGACAAGCUCGCUGGUAAGAAAAGAAAUGAGGAAGCCGAGAAUAAAUAUACACACGAAGAGGAAGAUAGUCUUUACAUUCGUAUGAGGGAAAAAGCGGGAAGUCUCCUCACUGCACAAACAUUGAAAGGACAGUGUUUCGUUGUAAUCUCCUUCUUAUUUAGUAUUUCCUAYGUCGUUCUUUAUGCAGUUGAAGCGUCUUAUCCUGUAGAGCACUGCUUGGACCUGAAUGAUCAAAUAUUGUGGUUGUUUGAAAUUGGCCUCAAUACAUUUUUCAUCUUACAUUUUCUUUUAAGAUUUCUUGCAGCGAAUGACAAAUUAUUGUUCUGGUGUGAUCCACUGAGUCUUGUGGACUUCUUUACUAUCCCGCAAGUGUUUGUUUCAAUAAUUAUUAGACAAAACUGGAUUGGUAAGUCAAUAUUAAGGAGCUUUCUUACUUUUUGUAGUGGAUACAUGACUCAUUCACUCAUGGCACAGCAGAUCCAUAUCAGAAGUUUCUCACAUGGAAGCUAUCUAUUAUUCGGUGCUGUCACCUUGACUAAAGCUGUUGGGAAUCUUAGCGCUGUUCUGUUCUGUUUUGGAGGAUUGAUCGAGAACACCGGCGAUCCAUGGAAUGUUGCGUUACGUCAAGACUGGAAUUACUUUGACUGUCUGUACUUCCUUGUGGUAUGUGUUCGUACACACUAA